GUCCCAGGAAGUGGCGUCACGCGCAGUUUCCGGUUCCGCCUGGAGCGACGCUCGCGGCUGUCUCCGGUUACCGCGAGGUGCACGUGUGUUUUCUUGGCUUGGCCGCGGUAGCAAUGGACCCUUUGGAUCGGAUAGUAAAGCCCAAAACAAAACGGGCCAAGAGAUUCCUUGAGAAGAGAGAACCGAAGCUGAAUGAAAAUAUUAAAAAUGCCAUGCUGAUUAAAGGGGGCAACGCAAAUGCAACAGUAACACAAGUGCUUAGAGAUGUGUACGCACUGAAAAAACCAUAUGGUAUACUGUAUAAAAAGAAAAAUAUUACAAGACCAUUUGAAGAUCAGACAUCACUGGAAUUCUUUUCAAAGAAGUCAGAUUGUUCUUUAUUCAUGUUUGGUUCUCAUAAUAAGAAGCGACCUAAUAAUCUAGUUCUGGGUCGUAUGUAUGACUACCACGUGCUGGAUAUGAUUGAAUUAGGAAUUGAGAAGUUUGUCUCUCUAAAAGAUAUUAAGAAUAGUAAAUGUCCUGAGGGCACGAAACCCAUGUUGAUAUUUGCUGGUGAUGAUUUUGAUGCAACAGAAGACUAUAGAAGACUAAAAAGUCUUCUUAUUGAUUUCUUCAGAGGCCCCACAGUACCAAAUAUUCGCCUGGCUGGAUUGGAGUACGUUCUGCACUUCACUGCACUGAACGGGAAGAUUUACUUUCGAAGCUAUAAGUUGCUCUUGAAGAAAUCUGGUUGCAGAACGCCUCGGAUUGAAUUAGAAGAGAUGGGACCCUCAUUGGAUCUGGUUCUGAGGAGGACGCACUUAGCAUCCGAUGACCUUUAUAAAUUAUCCAUGAAAAUGCCCAAAGCUCUCAAGCCAAAGAAGAAGAAAAAUAUCUCCCAUGAUACUUUUGGUACAACUUACGGAAGGAUUCAUAUGCAGAAGCAAGACCUAAGCAAACUACAAACCAGGAAGAUGAAGGGGUUGAAGAAGCGACCUGCAGAAAGGAUAAUAGAAAACCAGGAGGAAAAAUCAAAGAGAAUUAAAAAAAAUUGAUGGAAUUUAGCCAACAGCUAUGGUUUUAUUUUAGUCUGUUUACUUAAGAGAAUUGUCAAGCUUCAGUCAGUUCAGAGUUUCUUAUAAGAUUUUAUUGUAUAUUUUUAUAACAUAAUAACUUACUCUAUAUUAUUGUGGACAGUAAUGUACUGGUGUUAAGUUUGAGCCUCCUCCCUCUGAUGUUACACCUGAUAUGCUGUUUUCUCUCUAUGAUAUGACAUCUGCUUUCUUAAAACUCUUCUCUCUUCAUUGAAAGAGGGAGAGAGGAGGGAUCUUCACAACCAUUGGAGUUUUUAAAAAAGUUCUGGAUGGGACAUUUUAGAAAAACAGAGAUAGCCUUGGAAAGCAGAAAGAACCCAAAGGAGCUGUAUAAACAUUUAAGAUAAAAACCUAGCCCCAUUUCCCAAUAUAUUUCUAUGACCUGAUUUUUAUUUUUUACUUUUCUAUUAUUCUGCCUGAAAUCCUACCAGUUAAGAGAUUGAUUUGAGAUUUUAAGCUUUGUGUCUUAAAAUAUAAAUGUCUGAGAGGGUUGUCCACUACGUGAUGUUGGCACCUUCCCUUACUGUUGAUUAUUUCAGUUGAUUCUGCCAUUAGGUGGAGUCCCUCUUAGAAAGGAGGUAAAAGGAACAAAUGAGUUUUAGGUCACAGGGUGCUUCAGGGAGCUGGUUAUUCCUGGACAGCUGCAGGUGAUGUGAAGGUGCUCACAGGCAGAGUAGAAGUCAGCCAGAGCCUGCCUGCUUAUUUCACAGGUUCUUGAAGCCCAGCCCUGUGCUGAGGAAAACAGGAAGAAUCUUGCUGGUUUUGCAUACUUGCUUCCCCAGAAUGGAGAAUUUAAGUUCCUUGAUUCUCUGGCAGAUACACUUGUUUCUACAAGUACAAGCCAGUUCUGUUGUAAAAACACAAACAUACAUAAACUGUAAUUUGUUUCACAAUAUAGGAGCGUUUUUGUUUUUAAUUCCAUGUCAGAGAGCUCCCCAGUGCUUGUGUGUGCAUACAUUCAUGUACAGGUGGGGCUGACAGCAAGCAAACGCUAGAGUCUCAGUUUGACUUUGCAUUUCCCUUCUCGUGGGAACCCAUUCCUUCCCUCUGCCUGUUCCACAAAUGAGGGAGCUGGGGUCAGUGCUGGCAUAGUGGUUUAAGCCACUGCCUGCAAUGCCACCAUCCUACAUGGGUGCUGGUUCAAGUCCCAGCUGCUCUACUUUCCAUCCAGCUCCCUGCAAAUGCACCUGGGAAAGCAGCAGAAGAUGGCCUAAGUGCUUGGGCCCCUGCACCCAUAUGGGAGACCCAGAAGAAGCUCCUGGCUUCUACCUGGUCCAGCCUCAGCCAUUGUGGCCAUCUGAAGGUGAACCAGUGGAUGGAAGAUCUCUCUCUCUCUCUUUCUCUCUCCCUGUCACCCCUUUCCCCAUAACUCUUCCAAAUAAAUCUUUAAAAAAAUUGUGGGAGCUGACAUCACUCAUUUAUACUUGGUGCUUGAUUAUGCAUUUAGCCAAAAGCCACAAAGUCUUGUGUCUGAACCAGAUAUUCGCAUCUAAUGUCUGAAUGAGCGGAAAUGAGUAAAAUAAUUGUUUUCCUGAAGGAAAAGGGAGUCAGAAACAGUGGAUGCACCGUCCUCCCCCAGUGCCUGGCCCCUGACUGGUCCAGCUAAUGCCCAUGCAGAUCCUGAUUCAUGAGGCGAAGUAAUGGGCCCUACUCACUGGGUGCUUAUGGGACCCCCUCCCUGCCUCGCUUGCUCUGUCAGGAAGACCUCUGCCAGCACUCGCUGCUGUUGUGAGCCAAUGUUAACUGAAGAUGGCCAUCUUCUCUGUGUGGGGGGUAUUGUCUUAUGGGUGGGUUUGUGUUUGUUUUAGUAAGUAACCUUUCUGUUUGAAAUUUGCUACCACAUCCAUCUGUUUCCUGUGUGUUAGUGUCUGGUAAGUUGAAGUGGGUCCUCUUUGCUCAGCGAAGACUUAUAUAGUAUUAUUGAAAUCUAGCAGACUUUUUUUGUUGAAAAGUCUUUUUCUCAAAAUUGUUGAAACAUCUUGGAACCCUUGCUCCACUGUUUGUGUGACCUACUAUGGAAGGUACAUUCUAAUUUCUUCCUGACCUUGAACUUGGGACACACCAUAUAUAAAUUGGAGACUGUGUGUUAGUUCCAGUGGAGGCGGUGACUUGCCUGUCUUGAAGUUCUGCUUAACUUUGGAUAGCCAAUCCAUGGUUAACUUUGUAUACCUAACUCUCAUGUUUUCUGCAGUGUUAGUACCAAGCUCUUUAUGAUUUCAUAAAAUUUUCCCUUUUUAAAAGCUGAAAUACUGAUGUUUGUUUUCUUGGCAUUGAACAUAACCCAUAGUAUGGAUGUUAAUACUCCAUUCAAGAAAAGAAGGGAUGGAGCAAAAUGUACCCAUGUAGGCUUUGAUCCUGUCAGAAUCCGAUGACUUCUGCUUUCCCCUUUCCGUGUUUAGCUACUUCAGGUCCCCUUAGAAGGUGGGCCAUGAAAGAGUGAAACAAAACAAAGAAGGUAAAAACCACUAAAAUCACUGCUGAAGUUGGGCCAACAAAGGAAGUUUUGUUAUUGUUAAAAAGUUUUUAGAAAAUUUGCCUAUCAAAGUUCAGAGUGAAAAAAAAUAAAGUGUCUUUAUUAUGUUCUUAAUGCAUCCCAUAACUGCAUCAAAGCAAAUGUGUUAGGGCUGUCAUUUUCGGGUAGUGGGUUAAGCCGGUGCUGGUUCAGGUCUUUGCUCUACUUCUGAUCCAGCUCCCUGCUGAUGUACCGGGGAAAGCAGCAGCAGAUGACCAAGGCGGGAGACCCAAAUGAAGCCCCUGGCUUCGGCCUGGCCCAACCCUGGCCAUUGCAGCCAUGUGGGGAGUCAGCCAGCGGAUAGAAGAUCUCUUGCUCUCUGUCUCUCUGUAACUCUGACUUUGAAAUAAAUAAAUAAAUCUCUAGAACAGCUUUUU